CUCACUCAUUAUAAACCUUCGCCAAGAUUCUCUCUCUAUACCUCUUCCUUUCUCUCUCCGUCGGCGAUGCAAAGGCUUUCCAUAGACGCAUCAGCUUCGAAGCUCCAGAGCUACGAUAUCAAUGACUCCAAUCGGAAAGAAUCACUCUCCUCUCCUCCUCCUUCUUCGUCAUCGUCCGCUCCAGAUUACGACGAUCACGACCUCAAGGACGUUAAGCUCAGACGGCUAUCGUCGCUGCAAUCGCCUCAUCAGAAACGCGAGAACCUCGUCCACUUCAUCCCCGUCCUCACUCUAAUCUGCUUCGUCAUCCUCUACCUCUCUUCUCACGCUCCGUCGCAAUCAGAUUUGGCUCAGUUUAACGGAUUCAUGCGUUCAUCAAAGCGUCUAGAAUCCGACGAAGAUGGCGAAAUCUCUGGGCUGAUGAUCGGUACCGACGCUUCGGCUAUCCGGAGUAGCAUAAGGAAGUUGAGAGAGACGGAAUCGCUUCCCCGCCGCCGAACCUCUCACCGGAAAACAGCUGACUUCUAGCUUUUUUUCACUCACAUCGUCUUCUUGUGGUUUUGUUCAUUGAAACUCAAAAAAUCGCGAUUCUCGUUUCUGUUAUAA